GGUGCGUGGCAAAUAAUCAGUGCAUUAAUAGUCCUAUGAUUCUCUGUAGGGAGCGGUUCAAGCUCUUUCACUCAACUGAAAAGGCCAAUGACGCCGCCAUAUUGUUAUGAGAGUAAAUCUCAAGAGCGGAGCAUCCGUUGUUGACAUUUGUAAUUCGGGUCAUUUCGAUAACAUAUUUUUUGUAAGUGCUCACAUUACAUCAUUCUCACAUUUGUUCGUAUGAAGUAAUUAAAGAGGAUACAAAUUUUUCUCCUUAAAUGGAUGAGUUUAAAAUUCUGUAAAACAAUCUGGCAUGUUAGGGCGUAGUAUUCAGGAAAGUGAGCAAGUAAACAACGAGCACAGUGACGUGUCAGUGAUUAAACUGUAAAGACGUGUGGGAUGUCACUUGACAAUCGACUAUCUUAUGCUCAAUUAGUUCAUAAUUAAAGGAUUCCGGUCGAGAGUUCUCGGACAACGGACUAGGAACUAAGACUGACGCUCUAACCUCAUACAAUGGGGAAUGUGUGCAAUGAUUGUAUGGCCAGAGUGCCAUAUGCAACUCUCAUAGCUACUAUAAUGUGUUGUCUAGGAGUGGGAAUAUUUUGUGGCACCAUGUACAGAGGUGCUACUCUCUCUGCUUUAAUGAUGGAUCAGGUCUUUCAUUUACGUCUGGGAUGGCUGGAAGCAGUACAACUUGUUUUUGCUACUGUAGGAGCAAGUAUGGCUGCUCUCGGUUUUAUGAUUCUAUGUGUUGGAUGUCUAGCCACAGGAGCCACAAGACACAAAGUCUACCGGGCUUGGAGAUCACGUGUUGGUGGUCGCAUUUCUUGUGCUGUUUUUAUGACGAUAACUUAUGUACUCCAACUUGGCUGGCUUCUAAUAUUUGCUUUCCUGGUAAUUACAACACUGAUAUUCACUGUCUUCUGGGGAUUGUGCAGUAAUCCACGAGUGCAAUCUCUUGACCAGUGUAUUGACUUUACUCAAUUUGAUUUCAUGUUCCCUAACAACACUAGAGUUGAGGACAUGAAAGUCUGCGGGUCACAGGAGGUAAAAUUAUUCUGCAAGGAUUAUGUAGAGAAAGCUGAGGUGAUGUUCAUCCUGGCAACAGUGGCUGCCAUGCUGGUCGUUCUCAGUCUAGUGCACUAUUUGAUGUGCCUUUCAGCUAAUUACGCGCAUAUCCGUGACCACGAAAAAUUCCAAGAGUUACAAGAACUUCAGUAUCUUCAAGAUCCGGGCGAACCUGAUACCCCUCAUUCGGGAAUGGGUUCCUUGGGAUCGCAUCAUCGUGCCAAGGAUAGAUUUUAGGACACAGCCCGUGAGAUCUUCUCUAUGAAUCCACUGUGAGCCUUUCACGACAAUGAAAUUGCUCCUUCCUUCAUUGAUCAUUUCUUCACUUACUCAUAUCGUUAAAUGUUAUACAGAAUGUAUCCCGUUAUCCGGAUAUUCUUCAGAGCAUAAAACCCUGCUCAGGUAUUGAUUAAAAAAAGUAUUCACUAAAAAUUCUUCAGGAUGAAACAUUUCUUGAGUUUUCCUGGUUAACUUUUUUUGUAUUCAGCUACUCACUAAGGAGAAUCGACACUCUGAAGUAUAAUCGGUGUUCAGGUACACCUGGUAUAUUCACUGUUCACUAACAAUCGCAGUGAUUCAUUGAAGAGGAUCUUGCGGGAACAUUAUUAAUGCCGUCCAAUUAUUCACGAGUAUCUUAUGUGUUUACUGUAUCAUCAAAUAUAUAAGUGACCGAAAGUUGAUAAGCACAAUCAACUCUAUUAGCGCGUAAGUUUAAUUUUUCGUUAGGAUUUAUAUAAUCGGAUAUCAAUCCACGGGGCAAUUUUAUCUAGAAAUAAGAAUAUUCAAUGCACUGCCUUCACCAGGGGGCGGCCUUGUUCAAACGCAACCCUAUUUAAUUAUCUUGAUGUUAUAAACGUGUACGCGCACAGAAAUUGGUGGGCACUGCGUGAGACAUUGCAAAUUUACUGGGGUUUUAUGUACAAAACAUAUGUGCUGUGUUGUUGUCUGAUGGUUAUCAUCGGAAGUAUCUCGCCGUUUCACAGCAACAAUGAGGAUUCCUUUUUAAAGGAUGAGAAUAUAAUAAGAAAUCUUUAUUUUUAAUACGCACUCGAUUUUUAGCUGAAAGUAUCUUUCGUUGUUGCGUGAGUUUUCGUCCGUGUUCCUCUAUUGUUCAGUGAAGGAUGGAAUCAUCUUUUACUUUAUUUUAUCCGUACCUUUGAAAGUGUAACUCAUACAUACAUAUCACGUAGUAGCAUUUUAUGAAUAUUAAAUUUAAGUUUAAGAAUUUUUAAAAGCUGCAUGACCGUGUGGGUUAUUAGGAAUAAGGAAAAGUAUAGUGUUUUUGUAAACAUAUCAUCGAAUUUAAGAUGAUUAGGUAUAGCAAUAAAUUUAAGCACAAUGCAGAUUAAACAAAAUUUUUACCAGUGACGCGCAAAUUUUUAAAAUGUGCCAAACCACACUAACUGUUGAAAUUAGUUCGUUAGCAUUUCUUUUUUUACAAUAUUAAUUUUAUUCUCAUCAUUUUUAUCCUACUAACAAAAGCAUCUGUAAUCAGCAAUUAUACGUUUACAAUAAAAUAAUACGUCUUUUAUUAUAAA